AUAUUUUCGGUAUAUUUUUUAAAUGAGAAGGUAUAUUUCGGUAUAUUUCUGGUAUAUUUAUUACUUAACAUAAAACUUUUUAAAAACAUGCUGCAAGGAUUGAUUCAGAGAACCUGCCUGGUGGCGUUCAACACGGCACAAACUAUCCUGGUGCGACAGAAGCAUGCCUUUGACCGGGCCGUGCUCAAGCCGAAGGUUCGCUGCCACUUCCCCAAGCCGCGCGAGGUGAAGCGCAUCAACGUCCACGGCUGGGACACUCGCAUGUCCACCCCGGAGGGACGUCGUGUGCUGAUGCGCAGGAUACUCAAGGGAAGACACAACCUCUCGCACUAGCCUCUACAUAUAUCAAUAAAGCUUUAUUUGGAGUUUUACUUUUCAUAAAAGUACAGGUA